CCUGCUGUAUGUUGCAGUUCCUCCGGAGUUCCUGAAGAGGCCGGCCAACAUCUACGCCCACGAAUCCAUGGACAUCAUGUUUCAGUGUGAGGUCACAGGUUCCCCCGCCCCCACCGUCAAAUGGGUCAAAAACGGAGACGCUGUCAUUCCCAGCGACUACUUCAAAAUCAUUAAUGACCACAACCUGCAGGUGCUGGGUCUGGUCAAGUCUGACGAGGGCUUCUACCAGUGUCUGGCAGAGAACGAUGCAGGGAACAUGCAGUCCAGCGCUCAGCUCAUCAUCCUAGAGCACGGUACGUUGGGAGGGGAACCGAAUGGACAGUGUUCUAGAUAGAAGCCAGUGUUCGAUCUUGGGGAGCUUGGUUGUAGUAGUAUUGAUGUGUGUUUUGGGGUACAUCAGGUUUACUCAAA